AUGCCGAAGCGCAGAAAUCGCGGCCAACCAAGCUGCUCAGCCUCCGACAACUUUGAUGAAUUCCUACGCUCUCGUCGUCUGUGGCGAAAACAGGUCGCUAAAGACGGCUCCUGCUUGUUUCGCGCAGUUGCCGAACAGGUCUUCCACUGUCAGGCCAGACAUUCUGAAGUCCGUCAAGCGUGUGUCAACUUUAUGAAGAAUUAUCCGGAUCAAUUCCAAGGGUUUAUUGAAGGAGCGUUUGAUCAUUAUUUAGUGAAAAUAUCUAAUCCAAAGGAAUGGGGCGGCCAGAUUGAAAUGAAAGCUUUGUCUCUUUUGUAUAAGAGGGAUUUUAUUGUGUAUCGUGAGGCUGGAGGUGAACCUGAUAAUGUUACGUCUAACGGAUUUGAGGAGAAAAUUAUGCUCUGCUUUCUUGGAGGCAACCAUUAUGACUCUGUGUAUUCCCAAACGUUUCCAAAGAGUGCCGCAAUAUGCCAAGCUGUUGUGUACUGGCUUCUCUAUGGGAAGGUAUUCCCUGCAGCUGGUGUGGGAUACGAUAAGAACGAAAGUGACUUGAGUCCCUCACAAGCACAGGAUCUUCCCGAGUCGUCGAUCCUCAUCAGUAGAGGCAAGGGCAAGAGAAAAGGGGAUUUAAUGUUUCAGGAGUUAGCUUCACUCGUCCCAGAGUUACAGAAUCAUUUCAAAUCCGACGUUUAUGUCGAUGUGGAAAUGGACGUUUGGAAGGAAUUGAGACAAAAUCAGCAGCAGUCGGAUAGAACUGUUGCCGUUGACAUGCAAUAUCAAGUUGGGGAUAUGUGUGAGGCCAAGGUGUUUGGAAGUAACUUUGCCAAAGUUGAGAUAUUGGAAGUAAAGACAGCUAAAGGACCAUUAAGAGUACGACAUCUGGAAUUGGGAAAAGAAAAGACGAUACCGAUGCGAAACGUUAGACCAAGUUCUCAACUGCAGAAUUGGAUGCCGCCCGAGUUGCACUAUAGUAAUCUAUCUGGAUUUUAUCGCAAGCCGUCCGAUGGAGGACUUCAGGAAGCAUCGCCUACUCGUUGGAAGAAACAACAGCUGGAGGCCGACAGUGGAAAGAAACCGUCUAGAGAGACUAAGGAUAAGACGAGACGAGGACAAUCGAAAUCACUUCAUCCAUCAGAAUUGAAUGUGUCUGCUUACUCACCGCUCAAGGAGUCCAACGAUUCCCAGUUGCAACCAGUCGUUGAGAUUUUACCGCCUCCGCCGCCACCGCCACCGCCGCCAGCUUCGACUCAAGAAUCGAGCGUGUCUGUACUUUCGUAUGCUAAGGUGGCGUCUAGUGGCGUAGAGAAUAACAUUGUUGCUGACGAUGACCCGGGGGAUUCUGACGCCACGAUGAUGUUACCAGUGGAAACCAUGGAAGCUAACGUCGUGCCUGAUACUGAAACCACUGAGAAUGCUGGUGCUGUUGACGAAUGUUUGCCGGAUGUUUCUGUCGAAGCGAAGAGCGUGGAGAGUCCACCAAUGUCUCCGACUCCGUCUACGUUUGUACCGUUUCCGCCAGCGACGGUUUCUCAAGCAAAUAGUGCUGCUCCUGUUAUGCAAGGAGCGUGGCUGCCGUUUCAUCCUCAUCCGGCUCCGUCUCAUUUCAAUGUCAAGGACCUGAUGCCAUCCCAAGAUCCGGAAGGCAAAGAUCUACCAGACGAUCCACUUGUUGUUCAGUAUGUGUACAACAUCGGGUUUAUGUAUCUUCAAUGCUAUUAUGACCAUGUCAACAGAAUGUAUCAAAUGAGAUUGUGCCAGCAGGUGAUGGCGGCACAAAUGGCCGAAUCGCAUUCUCAGACCAACAACAAGUCAGACGACGAAAACACGAAGGAAACGAAUUUGGAAGCAUCCACGAGUGUCACUAACGACACAGACACGUCACCUAUCACCAACUCUCACAUUUCGGAGUCUAAACCGGAAGAAACUGUUGACAGGGAUGCUGUCACGUGGAGUCACACCUUGACGGAACAGCCGCCGCACAUGAUGACUGAACAGCUGCCGCACAUGAUGACUGAACAGCCGCCGUACAUCGUGACUGAACAGCCGCCAUCGUCUUACGUCAUCCACCCGUCAACACACUUUGAUACCAUUCAACAUUCCGAUCAAAAUGCCACACAGAGCGUAACAACAAAUGCCGGACCUUCGGAUAUCCGAUUGCAGAUUGAAUCGAAUACACAAAGCGAAGCAUCUGCAGUCGAAUUAUCUGCAGUCGAGUCGUCGGCAGUCGAGUCAUCAUACCGGCAAACGGUCGAGACCAACAUCGAGCCGCAUCACGUCCACGCUCCACCAUUUCACGCCGUUUCGAUGCAUCCUACGAAGCAGGAGUAUAGUGCUCGGCAGCAGAGACCGAUGGAGCACGCGCCGCCCUUCGUAUCAGGUCAACAGAGGCGACGACAUCGCGGCGGCGGCGGUGCAGGCAAGCAGCAACAGUAUCGUGGCAUGAUGUAUGCGCAACAUCCGGGAAUGUAUUCCGAAGCAGCGUUUCAGUACAUGCAGCCGACACAGGCGAAUCACCAAGUUGUCGAUGAAGGGACUGCGUACUACAUGCCGGGAACGGGUAGUGUCGUUCGGCAGCGAGACGGGCGCGUGACGCUAGUGAACACGAACCACCCGACCACCUACUACGUGCCGAACACUGGACAGUACUCUGCAAUCAAUGCACAACAUCAUCAGUGGUUCUACGAUAACAGCUAG